AACUGAAGUGGCUAAGCUUCUGCCUCACAUUUGUCGUGCUCUUCAAGCUAACGUGACGAUUCUGAAAGUGGUCGCUACCGAACAAGCAGGAUGGGGUGCUUCUUUUCCAAGAAAUCCAAAAGAAAGUCGGGGGAAAAAGACGAUCGUACGCCGACAACAACGACUGUCGAAACUACGACGACAAGUAACGCGGUUCCCCUUGGCAACAACACCGACGAGGCUCCGAAACAGUACAGCUGGGAUAAGAGAGAAAAGGUUGACCCCAAAGACUACAUGCUGACAGGUCUCAAAGACGUCACAGUGGGGCGUUUGCCCGGAAAACUGAACGGGCAACAGUUUGUCAUCCAAGAGUGCGAGAACUGCAACAUCUUUGUGUUCGACCAUUCAGCAACUAUCACCAUUGACGACUGUGUCAACUGCCGCAUCUUUCUAGGACCUGUCAAAGGCAGUGUGUUUUUCAGAGACUGCAAAGACAUCAAGUGCGUGGUGGCCUGUCAGCAGUUUCGUACACGGGACUGUAAAAAGAUGGAGGUGUUCUUGUGCUGCGCCACUCAGCCCAUCAUCGAGUCGUCUACGGGUAUGAAGUUCGGCUGCUUCCAGUACUACUACCCCGAGUUGGCCUUCCACUUCAAGGACGCCGGGCUCAGCAUAUUCAACAACAACUGGAGCAACAUUCACGACUUCACGCCGGUGUCUGGAGAGAACAACUGGAGCUUGUUGCCGGAGGCCUCAGCGGUUCUGGAUUUUGUUCCAACGCCAGACCCAGAGUCUGACUUCAAGUCGGUUCGGAUCUCCACUGAACCCGCACGGAGCAUAGUGCCUUUGACAAAAGGAGGGAGGCGGAAGGACAGUGAGGAGUCCUGCCUCUUUGUUUUCUUCGCUGGAGAGUACACGACCGCAAAUGCCCGCAAACUGAUUGAUGAGGCGACUGCUAAAGGUUUUGUGCUGAUUCAGACAAAGGAAGUCUCAAUGCGACCUGAAGAUGUGAAGAGAGUGUUUCAGAACAGUGCUGAUGAUCUCGUGGAGUGGAUAACUAAAGGUCCCGUCAUCGCCCUCGAGCUGAACGGUGAUGGCGUUGUAGAAGCCUGCAAGAGCGUUGCCAAUGAAAUCUUCAAUGGGACCAAGGUUUUUGUCUCUGAUAACAAAAAUACGUCCUCACGAGACGUGGACAACUUCUUCAACUUCGCUGACAUGCAGAUGGGCUUGUAAUUGGUUAGAUAUCGAUGCAAACUGCCUGAAUUCAAUGAGAUUUUUCUACCGCUCCUGCCGUCCAGCUCGGACUGAAUAUGAUCAAUAAUUAUUUGCCUCUUUUCGUCCUUAAAAAAUCGGUAGGAAUGGAAAAUGUUACUGUUGCUUUGGAUAGAGCAACUCACUUCCAGCAGUCAUGAGUCUGCAGACUAGAAUUCCUCCCUUAUAAUUCAGAAACAUGUGCUGUAAACCACUGAUCCAUUAGUUGCUAAGAGUGCUGUGAAUAUUUAUAUUUCUAUGAAUGUAUUUGAUAAUUCUGUUGGUUUCAUCCAUUGUGAAUGUAGCUUCUUGCUGUAAAUGUAAUUUCGUUUUUUUUAUUUAAAGCGUUUCAUUACUGUCUGAAAACAGUCAUAGCAGUGAAAAAAACAAGCACAGGAAUGCCUGAGGGAAAAUGUUUUAUAUAUAAAAAUAGUAUUUUCUAUUUCUAAUGAGGAUUAUUUGUGUAUGUGGUUUAGAUAAUUGACUUUUAAAAUGUGUAUAUUUGGAAAAUGCUGUGUAGGAGGAUCAUAGGUAGGCCAAAGCUGGUUUGUGAAAGGUUGUGUGUGACUUGCAGUUCAGCUGUUUCCACAAAAUUGUGUUCAAUAAUAGGGUUUUUGAUGAAGGCACCUCAUGUGAUUUUUUUUUUCUUUUUUUUAAUGUUUUAAUAUUUGUUUUAUAAUCUCUACUGAAUGUUUUUGUAUAGGAGCAAAACAAUGUCCUUCAUUCUGAUUUUUUUAGUAAAAGUUUCAUUAUGUGUGAUACCAUUUUGUACUCUAAAAAAUAAGAUGACUGAAAGAAAGCUGCAUGAAAAUUGUCGUCGUUUGACUAACUUGAGCCAACAACCGUUUCACAAUAUAAUAAACGAUCUGUCCUGAGUUAAAGUAGUUGCCAUUAUCGCCACCAUCAGCACAGCCGCUUGGUUUUACAGCUGACAUUUGCAAGUAAUAAGAAUAUGUUAUACAGCAAACAGGCGGCAGGGUUAAGGGAAGCACUUUGGUUCCUCUUUGUAACUUGAUCAGCUUGACCUUUUUUGUAAAGAGCUUCAGUUUGAGUAAUUUUUAAACAAGCAGGCAAUGCAAACAUGCCUGUCUGACCGAUAAUUAGUCUGUCAUCGGUGAAUCGUGAACAUCACUCAUCAAGCGAAUGGUUUUCCUUGGUGUUAUAGAAAGACAUUGCUUAAAUGUUAGUGAUUAAUGCCAUUUUUCGAAUGGAAAUGCUGUUUCUCAGCAGAAUGAAUCAUGGUGGGUUCUUUGAAAAUGUGCUGUCUUCCUCAGUGAAUCACAGUUAGCAGCUUUCCUUUCAGUUAUUUCCCUUCAACCUCCUUAAACAGCAUCAGUCAGGUUACCAUUAACCGUUCCAGUUAAUGGCUAACAGCUUGACUUCAUGCCAUUUUGCCUGUAAAUUACUCAUUUUUCUGUGAUAAAAAUACGUGCAGAUUUUGUAAAUUAGGACUGAACAAUUAAUCGAUGCCAUUAGUAAAUCAUAAAGGCUGUGAUUUAAGACACAGUAAGUGUGGAUAUUAAAUAAUGAGACUAAUGCUGUAAUUUAAUUUUAUUCGUGAACGUGAACGUAUUGAAGCUUUCAGAUGUCGUUUAGACCCAUUGAUUAAAGUAAACUACGUGGUUCAGGCAUGCAUGCUGUGGUUCUGACAUAAACCCAGUCUAAUUUUUUGAUGGACACCUUUUUUGCACCACGUCUGACCCCAGGUUUUAACUGUCAUGACAGUGGUUUUACAAGUUCAUGCUGUCCUCGUGUGACAGUUUGGCUUUUGACGGUGUCUCAUUUGGUAAAGCUCCAUCACAUGUUUUAAAUCUGUUACACAGUAAAUACUGAGCCGAAGCUUGACCUUAACAACUUGCAUCACAAAUCAAAGUAUCUGUUACAAAAAAAGAGAUAUUUUCUUUAAAUCUUUCAGCCCUGACCUAAAUUAUAUCCACUAUAUCAAACAGUUUUGUACAGUUGCCUUUAAGAAGAAAACAUGUAAGGACUUUAUGUAAUGUACUUUUGUAUUGGUAAAAUUUUUGUACUGAAGCAUACAGUUUUGUAGAGCAUUUUGUCUUUAUGAUGCACAAUUGUCCGUAAUAUGUUGUUUCUACACUUAAAAUGACAUCCUGUCUUUAUACAAUGGCAGAGUCGCAUUAAAAGCCGUAGAAGAUCA